GCUGAUCACCAUUCACCACUGCUGUUGCUAAAGCCUUCAUUUGUCUUGUCUCUUCUUGAUUUUCUUUCUUUUUUCUUUUUUUUUUUUCCCAGCACAAGAAAUUCACUUUUAGACUUUUCUUUCUUGAUUUUCGAUCUCCUUCCUUACUAUAUUCAUCGGUUUCCCACAACUCUGUCUCACGUUGAGACUUUACUCCUCAUCGAGAUGCUCGAACGCAAGGCCUUCAAGAUGAAACGGAUGUGGAUGUUGGCUUUAUGGUAAAACUACGCUUUUGUCCUUCCUCUCGCCCCCUCAUGGCAGUUAUGAUCACACCUCUAAUUAGCAGCGCUACCACCGGAGCCGCCACCAAGCUUUAUGCUCGAAUUCCUUCGUUUUGGUUUUCCCUCAAUACUCACCCUCCCGGCCUUGGACCGUAAGUUGCAUUGUGAUAAUGUUCUUUUCUUUUGUUUUCUUGAAAACCCAUAGCUUUAUAUUUUGGAAUAGUGUAAGGUGACUUGGAUUUUUAGUUGAAAGUUUCUGGCUUUUGAUGAUUUUGUGGGUGGGAAAGAAAGAAAGAUUGAGUCUUUAUGGGUUGAAAACUUGAAAUUCCAACAUAUAUACUUCAUUCAAGACUUUUUGUUUCUGAAAUUCCACCUAUUUGGUACCCAUAUUGUUUGGUGAUAAAGCCAUAGUAAAGAAUGGCUUAUGGGGGGACGGUUGAUCAAUUUGUAGGGGAUUUAGGGGAGUCUAGUGGGGAUUGGGGAAAUGGGGAAAAAGGAGUUUCUCAAUCCUUGGUUUUGGAUAGUGAGAAAUGUGAGUUGGUGAAGACUUGUGGAGUGGUGAGGAAGAAAGGUGAGGAUGGUGGAUUAGGUGUUAAAACCACAGCUGCUUUGAAGAGCCACAGUGAGGCAGAGAGGAGGAGAAGGGAGAGGAUCAAUGCUCAUCUUGCCACCCUUCGCAGCCUUGUUCCCUCAAAUGAAAAGAUGGAUAAAGCUGCAUUGUUAGCUGAGGUCAUUCGACAGGUAAAACAGUUGAAGGAAAGCGCGAGACAAGUGAGUGACAGUUUGUUUCUUCCGAUGGACUCUGAUGAGAUACAAGUCGAACAAGUGAGUGGGACUGCAGGAGAAGAUGGGACUCGUUUUUUCCAGGCGUCUAUUUGUUGUGAUUACAGGCCAGAAUUGUUGUCUGAUUUAAGGCAAUGCGUCGAUUCCCUUGGCUCGAAUCUGGUGAAGUCAGAAAUCUCGAUCUUGGGGGGUCGAGUUAAGUGUUUGUUCUUCUUCAGAGAUGUCAUCCACGGGGGCAAUGGAAGAAGCGAGGCGUGGGAGGUUCUCGUGAGGUCCAUUCAGCAGACUCUGAGGUCUGUCCUGGAGAAGGAUUCGAAGCCACCUGAGUACUCAAAGAUAGCGCCGUAUCCGAAUAAGAGGCACCGGAUUUCUUCCUUCGAUUCUGCAUACUUGGCAUGAAUAUAUCAAGUGUUAUACACUGGUAUGAUUGUAAUGGUAUAUAUCAGUGAUAGCUUCAUCCAACACCUUUGUUAAAGUCCACAUAAUAAGAUAUGUUGCAUGUACCCUUACCAAGUUAUUUGAGGUAUUGCUUCUUGGUCAAGGAUGUGUUGUUUUCCUACAAUAAUGUAAUAUAUAUUAUGACACUUUAAUAUUUGAAA